UGUUGGCCCCCGUGGAGUCGACGUCGUGGCUCGCGCGCGGUCGCGCCGAUUAUUUCCGCUGAGCUGGGCCGAGUUGUUUACAUCCGCAGGACUCGCACCGCCCCUACCCACGUCUCGCGUCCUUCCGGAUCCCCCCGUUGUCCGAUCGGCCGCCUUCACUUUCCCGUCGUCGAUCCGACCGACGGUAUUCCCGGAGUGCCGUGUGAUCGUCGAGGCGCGCGCGCGCAAACGAAGAAGAAGACAUGAAGGUGACAGUGACAACGCUGAGCGACGACAUCUUCGUCCUGGACGUGAGCGAGGAGCUCGAGCUGGAGAACUUCAAGGCGUUCUGCGAGAUCGAGAGCGGCGUGCCGGCGCACGAGAUCGUGAUCGCGUUCAACGGCCUGCCGCUGAUGGACGACAAGAAGUCGCUGCGGGACCACGGCAUCCGCGACGGCGACGCGGUCAUCCUCCAGCACAUGCAUCAGAGCGGCAGCGACAUGAACCUGCAGCCUUUUAACAGAGCCAUUCCGUUACUGGACUUCAGUUCCAUCAGAGUUCCCGGGGCGUCGAAUAAUCGCCAGCCCGCGAACAGCAGCGGCCGAGCAGGGCAGAAUCCGCGCGGCGGCGAGGACGAUCCGGCGCUGAUAAAGAACAUGUUCCUGGCGAAUCCGGAUCAGCUGGCGCUGCUGAAGCAGAACAAUCCCAGGCUGGCGGACGCCCUGCUGUCCGGGAAUCUCGAUAGAUUUUCGACUGUACUCAGAGAGCAGAUAAACGCUCGAGAAGAACGGCAGGCGCAACGGCUGAGAAUGAUGAACGCGGAUCCGUUCGAUACGGAGGCCCAACGGCUGAUCGCCGAGGAGAUACGGCAGAAGAACAUCGAGGCGAACAUGGAGGCGGCGAUGGAGUACAACCCGGAGACAUUCGGCACCGUCGUCAUGCUCUACAUCAAUUGCAAGGUCAACGGGUUCCCCGUCAAGGCGUUCAUCGAUUCAGGCGCACAAACGACAAUCAUGUCCGCCAGUUGUGCCGAGAGAUGCCACAUUAUGCGGCUGGUGGACACGAGGUGGGCCGGGGUCGCCAAAGGCGUCGGCAUUCAGCGCAUAAUCGGCCGUAUACACAUGGUACAAAUACAGAUCGGCAACGAUCACCUGACCACGUCGUUCAGCGUCCUCGAGGAACAGCCUAUGGACAUGCUGCUGGGCCUGGAUAUGCUGAAGAGACAUCAGUGUUGCAUAGAUCUGAAGAAGAACGUCCUGAAGAUCGGCACCACCGGCACCGAGACUCCGUUUCUGGCGGAAGGUGAUUUACCCGAGUGUGCGAGACUCAGCGGCAAUAGCGACGACGUGCUGGACGACAGGGAUCUCCAACGGGCUCUCGAGGACAGUUCGAGGGAUGCGAAGAAACAAAGGCAGCAGCAUGACGGUCAAGGAAGCAGCAGCAACCAACCCGGCACGUCUAUGUCGUCCAGCAGAUCUACCGUUCUAGAGACGACAAUCUAUCCUCAAGAUCCGUUCACGGAGGCCACGGUGAAAGAGUUGGAAGCCCUCGGCUUCACGAGGGCGCAAGUGAUCGCGGAACUGCGUAGAUUUAACGGGGACAAGACACAGGCCAUCGCGGCGUUGUUCGCGAAAUCACUGAAAUUCUGAACGUUAAGGGAACUUAACGCCCGCGCGCGCGCUCGAGGGAAAAAAGACGGAGAGACGUAGCGAAAAUUGUGAAUACAGGACACGCAAUAAAGAGAGAGAGAGAGAGAGAGAGAGAGAGAAAGAGAGACGGAGGAAAGACCCACAAUUGUAAGAGCAAUUUUUACAUGUAUCGUCCGGCGCCGCCUGGUAGCUCUCGUAGCUGUUUGAUACACCUUCUCGAUAUACCUUCGCGCGGCAAUCGAGCGAUUUUUAUAACUCAGCAAUCUUUGCUAUCAAGUGCUGCACGCAUUUCGGGCCUGAUUACGAGCGACAUCGCGACGAACGAUUCGCGGUAAAACGGAGUCUACAGUGAGAAUUUAAGCUCUGUGAGCCUGGAGAAAUUGGCCAAUCACAACCGAACGCGAGGGGAAUAAUCGACUUGCGAUUGGUCGAUUUCUCAAGACUUAGAGAUUAAAGCAUUUAUUGUAGACUAACGAUUUAUGGUGAUGACGUAAACGACUCGCACACUUCCAAGUUAGUAACAAAAAAAGAGAGAGAUAUAUCGCGAAUUCAUGAGGCGUGUCAUAACCCCGCGUGUUUUCUUGUUGCGCGUACGCGCAUCCCUGGCCAUAUUUUUAGACGCACUUUGAUUCUUUAAUAGAAUACAUGUUAGGAGGAGAAGGAAAGCUACUAAUUUUACAUUCACCCGGUUAGAAUCAUUCGCGGUGUCGAUCGGCGCUUUUCACCUCCGCAGCCUUCCGAGCUGUCAAAUCACUCGUUUCACCCAUAACUUUUGCAAACAGUAUUAAUAUUUUUCACACGAAAAUUCAAUUUUCCAGUAGUCAAGCGAAGAAUUUAAAGUUUCGGGUCACGAAUAAACGAGGAUAAAACUAAAUUUCAAUCGAGACACAUCGUAUUAUAUAAAGCUGGCCCCCGGAGGUCAGCUUAAUAUGAAUUGUAAAGAAUUAAGGUGCGUCCGAUAAUACGAACGGGGACUGUAAGUGAAUUGCGUUGUUAUCACAACAUUGCAACGGAUCCGCCGCAUCGGAUUACGCUGUUAAGAGUGAACUGCAAGUCGGAGAGAUGUCAAAUUGUUGAUGAGAUACUUGAUAUACUUAAUGCGACGAUCCACGCGUGCACAGUAGAGGUUUGCGAUAGACACACAUUGGCUAUCCCAGACUUAGUUCGGUCUUCACGGCCUCACACGCGAGACUCGCUCGCGUAUACACACACACACACACACACACAUAGAGUUUGCUGAACGGAGAGACACGAGACACGCAAGUCGCAAGAUUUCUUAUGCCGCGUGUCUCUGCGAAACACACGUGAAUCUUUUGCAUUACUUUGUAAUAUUCCGUUUACACGAAUACGUUUAGACGGAUGCAAAUGUAUAUAUAUAUACACACGUCUAGUGUGUAAGUAAUAGAGUCUAAAUAAAUCGUGCACGGCGCAAACGCAGAAUCCUCUCGCGCGAGGACAUCAGUCUUUAUUAUGGUUUUUAAAAUGGUUUGGCUCGGCGUUCCGAAGGCUCGAAUAUAUCCGACGACGUUUCAACCCGCUCAAACUCAGUUCCUCCGUUUGUUUAUCGAGGUAAUGACGACUAACUUUGUAUAUAUAAAAUGAUGUAACGACAAGUGAACAGUAGAGAAAUUGUCAUUUCUCUCUUUUUUUUUCUUUUUUUUCUUUUUUCUACGAGAUCUUUGUGACGUAAGCGAUCCCUACGCACGCCAGUUUUUACGGUGGAUAACGUUGAUUUUGUACUAUUGUUACUUUUGCUCCCCCCUUUGGUAAGGUAUUUGGUACAUCAUUGUAUUCUCUCUUGGUCGAUGAUAAAGUCGUGAUCGAACUGCUA